CGCGGGACACCGAGGCCUGGGCGAGCCCGAGCGUUCCGCGCUUGCGCAGGUCUGGGGCGGCGGCUGAGGCUUCGGAUGGGCGUCAUCCCUUCCUCCUCGGUGUCGCCAGCCUGGCGUUCGGCGGAGAAACGCGGCCGAGAAAUGAAAGGGAAAAUGAAAUAACAAAGAAGCAGUUAUGAGGCAGAAUCUUACUGAACUAUGGAGACACCAGGUGACUGUCCCGGAAAUGAGUCACAGGUCAUCCCAGUGCUGGAGGAAGACCCUGUGGAUUAUGGCUGUGAGAUGCAGCUCCUGCAGGACGGGGCACAGCUGCAGCUCCAGCUGCAGCCAGAGGAGUUCGUGGCCAUUGCAGACUAUACUGCCACCGAUGAGACCCAGCUCAGUUUUCUGAGGGGAGAAAAAAUUGUCAUCCUGAGACAAACCACGGCUGACUGGUGGUGGGGUGAGCGUGCCGGCUGCUGUGGGUACAUCCCUGCCAACCACCUCGGGAAGCAGGUGGAGGAGUAUGACCCGGAGGACACCUGGCAAGAUGAGGAGUACUUUGACAGCUAUGGAACUCUGAAACUUCACCUGGAAAUGUUGGCUGACCAGCCUCGCACAACGAAAUACCACAAUGUCAUCCUGCAGAACAAGGAGUCCCUGAAGGACAAGGUCAUCCUGGACGUGGGCUGUGGCACUGGCAUCAUCAGCCUCUUCUGUGCGCACCAUGCACGACCCAAGGCAGUCUAUGCUGUGGAAGCUAGUGAGAUGGCACAGCACACAGGCCAGCUGGUCCUGCAGAACGGCUUUGCUGACACAAUCACUGUGUUCCAGCAGAAGGUGGAAGACGUGGUGCUGCCCGAGAAGGUGGAUGUGCUGGUGUCCGAGUGGAUGGGGACCUGCCUGUUGUUUGAGUUCAUGAUCGAGUCCAUCCUUUAUGCCCGGGAUACAUGGUUAAAGGAGGAUGGUGUCAUCUGGCCAACCACAGCCGCACUACACUUGGUGCCCUGCAGUGCUGAGAAAGACUACCACAGCAAGGUGCUCUUCUGGGACAACGCCUAUGAGUUCGACCUCAGUGCACUCAAGUCUUUGGCAAUCAAGGAGUUUUUUUCGAAGCCAAAGUCUAAUCAUAUCUUGAAGCCAGAAGACUGUCUCUCUGAACCGUGUACCAUAUUGCAGUUGGACAUGAGAACUGUACAGAUCUCCGACCUGGAGACCAUGCGGGGUGAGCUGCGAUUUGACAUUCAAAAGGCUGGUACCCUGCAUGGCUUCACAGCUUGGUUCAGUGUGCACUUCCAGAGCCUAGAGGAGGGCCAGCCCCAGCAGGUGCUCAGCACAGGCCCGCUGCACCCCACCACACACUGGAAGCAGACCUUGUUUAUGAUGGACGACCCAGUCCCAGUCCACACAGGAGACGUGGUCACAGGUUCCGUCGUUUUACAAAGAAAUCCGGUGUGGAGAAGGCACAUGUCUGUCUCUCUGAGCUGGUCUGUCUCAUCUACGCUCGAUCCUACAUCUCAAAGAGCUGGAGAGAAAGUCUUUCCAAUCUGGAGGUGACAGUUAAGCACUGCUUGGGAGUCAUGGCCAUGGUUUGCAUCUUGUGGAAGAAGAGGCACCUGGCCACCAGCUGUGACAUCCAUAAGCACCUGUCCCAUGCUGUUCCCUUUCCACCUAGCAGGCGACAUCGGCCCCUC